GGGCGCCCCUCCCCCCCCGGAGUCUCGGGAAGGGGAGGGGGGAGGGGCGGGGAUGUGGCCAACCCGGAGCGGACUUUGGACCCCCUGAGCUGGGGGGAGGGGGGAGCGGGACCCUCAUCUGUGGGAUGGGAUCCACAUUUGGGGUGCCCAUGGAGGGGAGGGGGACCCACAUUUGAUCUCCUUCCUGGACUCCCAAAUCCACCCCGGGACCCCAGUAACCCCCCAAAUCCCCUCUGCACCCAAAAAUCUUCUCCAAAAUCCCCUUAACCCUAACCCGGUAUCCCCUCCAGGACCCUCCUAGGACCCCCAGCCUCUCCCCAGGACCCAUCCAAAAGCCCCUUCCCAGGACCCAAUAACCUCCCAAACGGCCCCUCAACCCCUCCCCAGGACCCCAAUGUCUCCUCACGAACCCUCCUGGGACCCUCAAAACCCCUGAAGACCCCACAAAAAUCCCACUAAGGAGCCACAAGACCCCCUCCCAAAAUUCCCUCAAAGAUCCCAAUAUUCCCCAAGCCCCCUCAAGACUGCCCCAAAUUUCCUCUUCAGCACCUCAAUAACCCCCAAAUCCCCUCCAGACCCAAAUAUCUCCCUGAAAAUCCUCCCUGGACCCCAAUAUCCCCUCAAGGACCCUCCUCAACACCCCCCCUCCCCCCAGCAUCCCCUCAAAAUUCCCCCAAGGACCCCCGUACCCCCCAAAGACCAACCCAAAUUUCCUCUUCAGCACCUCAAUAACCCCCACAUCAUCUCUAGACCCAAAUAUCUCCCUGAAAAUCCCACCGCAGGCCCCAAUAUCCUCCGAGGGACCCAUCUAGGACCCCAGCAGCCCCGCCAAGACCCCUCCCCAUGACCCCAAACUCCCCCCCGCAGGCCCCAAGUAACGCCCCUGUCGCUCUGCCCAGGCCCCCGAGCAUGGCCCGCUCGCCCCCCAGCUCGGCGCCCCCCGGCCGGGGCUGGGCCCCCGCGCCGCCCCCGCACCGCCUGCGCUCGCUGGCCCGCGCCUGGCUGGACGAGGACGCGCCCUGGCCGGACGCGGCGGUGGCGGCCGCGGGGGACAUCGCGACCCGCGCGGAGCUGCUCAGCAAGGCCGGGGAGGGUCCGGGGGGCGUCCUGGCGGGGGCCCCCUUCGCCGAGGCGGUUUUCGGGGUGUCGGGGUGCCGGGUCACCUGGAGGGUGCCCGAGGGGGCGGCGCUGCCCCCCGGGCGGGCGGUAGUGGCCGAGGUGGAGGGUCCGGCCGCGGGGGUGCUGGGGGGGGAGAGGGUGGCCCUCAAUAUUUUGGGGCGCUGCAGCGGGGUGGCCUCGAUGGCCGCGAGGGCCGUGGGGGUGGCCCGGGCGCAGGGCUGGGCGGGGGUCGUGGCGGGCACCCGAAAAACCACGCCGGGCUUCCGCCUGGCGGAGAAAUACGCGCUGGGGGUGGGGGGCGCCGACCCCCACCGGGGAGGUUUGGGGGGACUCAUUCUGCUCAAGGACAAUCAUCGAGCGCUGGCGGCGGCAGCGGGGGGGCUCGAACAGAUGAUUUUGGGGGUGCGCCAGGCUGGGGGCUUCACCCGCCGGCUGGAGGUCGAGUGCUCGAGUGCGGAGGAGGCGCUGGCGGCUGCGGGAGCCGGGGCUGACAUCGUCCUGCUGGACAACCUGGCCCCACAGGAGCUGCACACGGUGGCAGCAAAGGUCAAGGCUGCACACCCCGGGGUGACGGUGGAGGCCAGCGGGGGCAUCGUUUUGGAGACCCUCCCCCAGUUCUUGGGGCCCCACAUCGACGUGGUGUCCAUGGGGUGUCUGACCCACAGUGCACCCGCCCUGGACUUUGCACUGCGGGUGUUGGAACCCUAAAAUCCAUCCCAGGACCCUGAAAACCCACCCUAGAACCCCCUAAAAUCCAACCUGGGACCUACAAAAACCUACUCCAGAACCCCAAAACCCAACCUGAGAUGCCCAAAUCAAUCCUGGGGAGAGCAAAACUCACUGUGAAACUCCAAAAUCCACCCUGGGAAUCCUCAAACCCCAAAGGCCCCACUGCUGAGGGCACUGUGAAAUCUGGCACUGCAUCCUCCCAUCUGCCAGGAGCCCCAAUGCCUGAGACCUCCCCACAUCCUGGGACUCCAAAAUCCAUCUUGGACCCGCAAAAUCUAUUUUGUACCCCAAAAUCUAUCUUGGAACCCCCUAAAUCAACUCUGGACUCUGGGACCCCAAAAAUCCACCAUGGGGACCUCCAAAGCAUACCCUGGGACCCCCAAAUCUCCCCUGAGACCCCACAAUGCCCACCCUGGGGAUCCCAAAUCUCUAUCCUGGGGUCCUCUCACUCUAAGGUGGACCCAAAAUUCUACCCCUUUCCCCUUUUCUGUUUGUGCCUCCAAAUAAACCCAUACCUCACCA